AAAUUUCCCAGUGAGCUCCAUUAAGUAUAUGAUAUAUAAUUAAGAGUUUGUCCUCGCCGUAUCUUUGUGUGUAGACAGUGUAGGACGUAGGAAUAAGGCUGGCAAUCGCAUGUAAUGACUCCUGCUCCUGCAACAAAGCUUGCUACCUUAAUUCUUUUGGUCGUCGGGAUUUGGAUCUCCGACUCCGAGGCUAAGACUCAGAAGCUUACUGUAUCAGAAUAUGAAUUCGGGCCCUUCAACAGUUCCUAUUACAACAUCUUCUCAGUCAUAUCGCCCGCUACUAUUAGCAAUGAAGCCUUACAAGUCACUCCUGAUUCCGCCGGUAACUUUACCCUUGUCAACAGGUCAGGCCGUGUAUUUUUCAAAAACUCUUUCAAGCUUUGGGAAGCUACAAACUUGGCUUCUUUCAACUCUUCUUUUCUUAUCAACAUCUUCCGCCUCACUAAUUCUUCACAUCCUGGAGACGGCUUUGCCUUCCUCAUUUCCCCUACUCUUAAUCUCCCACCAAACAGCCACGGUCAAUACCUUGGUUUGACCAACUCCACCACUGAUGGUCUCCCCUCAAACCGCAUCGUUGCCAUUGAGCUUGACACUUUUAAACAGGAUUUUGAUCCUGAUGACAACCAUAUAGGUCUCGACAUCAACAGCGUCCGCUCUAACAAGACUGUGUCCUUGUCCGACUUUGGCAUCCAGAUCGCCCCUGUUGGUGUCAAAUUUUAUAUGGUCUGGGUGCAGUACGAUGGAGCUAACAAGUUUCUGGAGGUGUAUAUGGCGGAACAGAAGCAGGGUCCCCAGGGGCCAAUCAUUUCCAGGCCGUCCACGCCAGUCCUGACUGCGGAUCUUGACCUUAGCACCCUUGUCAACCAAAACUCCUAUUUCGGUUUUGCUGCUUCCACGGGGAGUGUCACACAACUCAACUGUGUCCUCAGAUGGAAUCUGACGGUCGAACUUUUGCCCGGUGGGAACGGGAAUAACCAAUGGCUGAAGAUGGGUUUGGCAGUAGGUAUAGCCGUAUUGGUAUUGCUGGUGAUAGGGAUUGCAGGGUUGGGUUAUUAUGUGCAUAAGAAACGGGCUGCGGAUGAUCCCAAUAUACUGGGUACUCUAAAGAGCCUCCCAGGAACUCCAAGGGAGUUCAGCUUUAGGGAUCUCAAGAAGGCCACCAACAACUUCGACGACAAACAUAAGCUUGGUCAAGGUGGUUUUGGUGUGGUCUUUAAAGGCGUCCUGCCCAAGGAGAAUCUCGAAAUUGCUGUCAAGAAAUUCUGUAGGGACAACCUCAAGGGCAAAGAUGAUUUUUUAGCUGAGCUUACCAUUAUCAAUCGUCUUCGCCACAAACAUCUUGUUCGCCUUCAAG